UGUUUGAGCGAUAAAGGGAUACCCGAAAAAGUGAAAUGUGAAUCGACUCUAUUUUCAGCGAAGUUUACUUUUCCUGAAGAAGAAUAUCUUUUGUGAUUUUAUCAAACAAGACUCUAUUCAAUUCGGAGAACAGAUACAAAGCAAAAUGGCCACUUCUAAAACUGUUUUUGUAACUUUAAUUCUCCUUCUUCCAACUGUUUGUUCAUUAUCAGAUUCUAAUACUACAUAUAAUGCUGAUAAUUCUACAUUGAGAUAUGAAACUAUUCAACCGAAUACUACGAAACAAAGCUUUGUAGAAGAACCUUUAGGAGAGCUAAAUGCUAAAAUCGUUACAGCUGAUAAGUCUACUGUUGUUGAUGAUGUGACGACACAAGGCGUAAAGAUUAGUUCUACAGUUCAAUUAUCAACAGCAGAUCCUAAAACAUCCAAAAAAACCACAGUAAUUAAGCAACAGUCAACCAGAAAAUUAAUAGAGACAACUACAAAUCCCGAAAUAACAACUGAAAGAGUAGUUAAAACAGAUCCACCUUAUAUAGUGCAAACACUUGAGCCUAAACCUGAGAAACAAGAGGGUUCAUCUCUUGGAAUUAUUAUAGGCUGUAUUUGUGGAAUUAUUUUCUUAAUCAUAAUAAUUGUCAUAAUAGUUUGUUAUGCACGCUAUAAGAAGAGGAAAUCUUCUGGAUCAAGUUUGUUUAUGAAAGAUGAUAAACUACAUUAUUUUAUGAGAGAUAAGGAAGAUUCAAUAUAUAGAAAUUCGGAUGAUAGACGAAGUUAUAGAGCGAAAAAAGGGGAGGUGGAAAUUUUGGAAACCUCAAAAAUGGAUCCUGUAGGUGUUCGGAGAUCGGAAACAACUAGGUCAGAUAAUAUUUAUCGGAAGAAAAAACGUGCUCCUGCUCCACCUGGCCCUCUUCCAUAUAACUCGAGAAAGUCUGUAAGAAGUACAUUAGCUUCUGUUUCGUCGAACGAACCAGAAACAGAAUUAACUACAUUCAAAACAAAUGCUAAUGAGGAAGUUGAUAAGCCGUUGUUAACGCAACAAGUAAGGAAUGGAGAUAAUCACGAGUAUUGUGAGUUGGAUGAUUACGAUCGAACAAAAAAUCCAUUCCUCUCCGAUGAACUCGAUGAUAAUCGUAAUGUGAAAUAGGAAGAUUUUCUUAUUAUUUAAUUUUCUUGCUCUUUUGUUUUUAUCUAAGCCUUUCUUCCUAUUCUCUUUUAGUUACUUUUUCCUUCUUUUUUUUUUUUAAAUUUUAUUUUUUAAAGAGAAAUUUAUAACAAAAUUUUUUUAAAGAAAAACAUAAAAAAAGAGGAAAAUUCACUGGGCUUAUAGAUAAAUAGAUAUGUUUAGUUUUAUUCUAUGUUUUCAAUAUUGUCAUUACGCAUGUGUUUUUGUUUUAUUUUCUCUCUCUUUCUCUUUUUUUUUUGUUUUUAUAUUUAAUAGCUUCUCCUUCUCUCCUACUUUUCUUCCGGUUACCUAUACGACAUUAAAUAUGUUGUGUAAGUGUUUUUUUUUUAAAUGACUGAUAUUCAAAUUGAUAGUUUGAAGAGCAUUAAGAAGAAUUUAAAAAAAGAGAAUUGAAGCGGGAGAUUAUUGAAAAGGGGAAAAGGGCAAUAGAUGGUAAGGUUCGAUUUGUCUGUCUGCCUCACUCUCUCUCUCUCUCUCUCUCUUCUUCUUCUCUCAAUUAUAUCGAAAUAUGCACUUUUCUCUCUUUAUCUCAUAGAAAUGAAAUCUUAACGUGUUAAAUGUUUAUUUCUUUUGGCUCUUUUUUUUUUCAUGAAAACGUGUUGUCUAUUUUUUUUUGCCUUGUUGUUUUAGGUAAUUUUGCUUGGCUUAAAACUUGUAAUCAUUCCACGAAAAAAAAAGAAAAGAAAGUCAAUUCAAAAGAUAAUUUACUGUGAUAAAGACGAAUAAAAUGCUCUUGUCGGACAACAUUUAUUUUAAUUCAGCAGAAAAUACUUUAUAGAUAUACUCCCACAAAACGAAUAUGCUAUAUGAAUUAAUUAUUGUUAGUCUGAUAUUUAAGUAAACGCCUCAAAGCUUCUAUAAUUGAUUCGGAAUUUCUUGCUCUCUUUAACACUCCUCCUCCGCAACCUUCCCAAUCACAGAAUAUUCUCUUGGCCGUCUGUUUGUAUUCAUUUCGUAAUUAUUUGCUUAAUAACUUAAAUAACUUAAAUAAUAUAAGAAGAACAAAUAAGAUGAUAUUUAGUUUAGUUUCUUAGUAAAGGAAACUUUUCAUCUCCUCUUUUUUUUUCUCUCUUUCUCUCUCUCUCUCUCUCUCUCUCUCUCCCUUCUUUCAUUUAUUUCCUCGAUAAAACGUUUAUUAAAAAAAGGAAAGUGGGAGAGAGAAAGUAAAGAUUUAUACCUGAUAAUCCAAUUGUACUUUUGGUGCACAAUUAACAAGCAGACAAAGUGAUAAGGAUACUAAAACCAUAAGGAGAAGAGUACGCUGCGAAGAGGUUGGCAUGUUUAAGACCUUAAAGUAGAAUGAAAAGGAUGAUAAUAAUAUUAAAACAAAUUGGAAAAUGUUUUUUUAUUUGUUUUUCUUUUUCUUUUUACAAAUAGAAAUAAAGUUAAAAAACAUAGAAACAAAACAGUACAAAUUUCCUGUUAUUUAAGAGUAAAUAUAAGAUGAAAUAUCAAUAUACUUAUUCUAUAGUGUUUAAUUUAUACUCCAGAGAUUUGAAUUAUCGCAGUAGAGAUAUAUAUACAUAUAUAUAUUUAUUCAUAUUCUGUAUGUUUAACAGUGAAAACUCUCUCUUAAAUCUUUUUGAGAUUCUUUUUUCUUUUUUUGCGACUCUAGUAAAAAAUAAUUGAACGAAUAAGCUUCUUACUUUUAGAAUAUCCGGUAUUUAAUAAAUUAUAAACAACCAAAGUCUCUCUGACUCUCGUUCUUCCUAUUUUAUCUCUAUUUAUUUCGUUUUAUAACUCUCGGAUCAAACAAUAAUUGGGAAAGGGGUGAAAAAAGAUAAAACGACUAAAAAGACCUUUUAUUAAAGGGGAGAAUAAGGUUUUUAAGGUUUUCUAAUACGUUGCAAUAACUAAUUUUUUAUGCGUAUAGUUUUGAUUGGCCUAUAUGAUUAGAAGGAAAAAUUUUUGAUUAAAAAUUAUCUUUAUCAUAGGGGAAAAAAUAUCAUAAAAUAAAUGUUCUAAGGGAGUCCUUUUUUUCGUUUUUUUCUAUCAAUCUAUCUAUCUACCGUUCUUCCUAACCCCAUUCAAAUAGGAAUUGAACAAAAGUAAUUGAAUACAAAAAAAUCUUGUCUUUUAUCAUUUACUUAUAAUUUUCUAUUUUUACCAAAGUUUGUACAGUCUUUUGCAGUUUGUUUUUUUUGUUUUUCUUAUCGAAUAGAAAAUGAAUAUAAGUCGAUAAUAUAUUCGAAUAUUUUGCGUCAUUCCUUAUUUUAUAAAUUAUUCUAUU